GAGCAAGUUCACGGCCCUCUCUCUCGCCUUCAAGACGGACAAGAUGACCCUGGAGCAGCGGCUGCUGCGGCAGCAACGCCAGCGCGACCUGGCGGAGAACAACAUGUCGGCCGAGUUCACCAGACUGCUCGACAUCCACAAGCGGCUGUCGCGCGCCACCUCGGACGCGGAAAGGGGAGACACGCUCGAGCGCUUCAAGUCCCAGCUGGAGGCUCUAGACCACGCCAGCCGGCAGGUCUCCAGCGCGGCAGAGAUGUACGGCGCGGUACAACAGGAGGACCGUCUGUCGCACGCCAUGGAGGUGAUCGACCUUUACGUCGAGAGUUUGAAACGACUGCAUCAGAAGCUUUGCCAGGAGCUAGAGGAGAAAAAGCGCGUGCUGUCUGAGAACAAUAUCGUGCUGGAGGAGCUGCAGGACCCAACAGACGAGCCUCCGCCCCGUACCACCCGGUACCGGUCUCUGUCCGCUCUUGCCACCAACCCGCUCGCGGGUACAAAACGAAGAGCCUCGAUCGCCGCCAUGCCAAAGUCGGGUUCGCUCGGCUCGCAGCCCGACACCGCCGCUUUUAUCCCGACCAGCGUUGCCCAGGAAGCGCGGUCGGGCCGGUGGUCGGCGCCGAGCAGGGUGCGGCGCGUCUCCCUCGCCCUGGACACGACCCCCGCCGAGGCCACGCCCGGCCCCGUCGACCGGAGGGAUAGUCGCUCCGAUGUCUACAACAUCCUCACGAACAACACGUGCAUGACGGAGAUCGCGGAGCUGUCGGAGAGCCGUCGGGAGAGUGCAACGGAGCCGGGCGUGGAUGCCCCGUGCGUCGACAGCUGCCUGAUGAUGAGCCUGGGACAGAACGGCGUGGGGUCGAUGCUGUUGCCUCACAACCACUCGGACGACGAGGACCACCACUCGGAACACAACUGUCAGACCAAUGGCGUCUGUCGCAUCCAGAGUCCCCCCGACACCAUGCUAGACCGAUUGACUCUGGUAGUCGAGUGCUGGGGCCGGGGCAGAGAGGUGGCAUCCGAACUCUGGUACGCCGUGAGCAAGGACUCGUUCCGGUGGCUGAGGUUGUGGAUGGUGUGCGCCCUCCUGGUCGCCUCCGUGGCCGUCCUUGUCACCACCCUGCUGCCGUCUGCCAGGCAGCCUGCUAUCCCGUGAUCGGCCCGGUGCAUCUAGCUGUCGUCUUUCUCAUUAUAUAUGUUCACCAAAAAUUUGCAGUUGUCUCCCGACUCACAACGGAACAAACGACUUUGAAAGUACCAGAAACGUUGUUCAUAAUAAUAAAGCUUCACAAAAACCAAUAAACAUUUAAAAUAAUUAUAAAAA